GGCAGAGUGGGAGAGAAGGGAAGGGGAAGAGGCGGAGCCUGGGAGACAGCAGUAGCAGCAGCGGUGUCAAUAAUACAAUAGGGCUCUUGUGCCGCCGCCUGGCCUGGUAAGGGAGAGACUACAAGGGCAAGGGCCUUGCUCACCCUGCAAGCACCGGGAAGAGGUGGAGCGGCGGCCAAGGAGGCGACAUGAUGAAGAGGGUGGCUAGGUUGUAGUCGAGACAAGCGCAGGCCGACGAAGACGGAGUGGAAAGGGAAACGUUGCUGUGGCUGAAGAGGAACCAGAGAAAGAGAUGGGUGGUAUGAAAUAGCAGCAACAGCAGCAGCCUUGGCCCUGAGCUCCGGGCCUUGGUGCGCGCACACGCUGUUGCUGCUGGCGCCGCCCGCUCCAGAGCCACAAGGCUUUGAUGAAUCCAUUUUGUGUUGGAUUUUACAUUUCCACUGUGCUGCUCCCCCGAGUUCAUAGAUGGCAAGGAAUGGCACUUGAUCAAUGUGCUAGGAGGAUUAAUUGAGUUUCCAUCUGUGAUGGAAAUGAAGGAAGAACUUCCUUUAUAAAUAUAUGAAGAAAUGUUCCCUGAAGCAGAGAGUGCCCCUCCAGACAGCAAUAAUGUGAUAACAUUGGGGAAGCAUUGUGGAACAACAAAUAAAGCAGAAUGAUGUGUGGACAGUCCAGUAUAAAUCCACCCCCGUCGCUGGAUCGUCACCUUGUAGUGGUAGGUAGAAGCACCUGCAUAUCCACAGGCAGAAGAACUUAGCUGGUGUGGGUCUGCGAACACAUUUAACAUUGAUGUCCUGUGUAUUAUAUCAAAUGGAUGCGUCAGGAUGAAACGCCACAGGCAUCUAAGCAGCAGUGACAGUUCAGACAAUGAAAGUCCUUCCACUUCUUUUUCCUUUUGUUCUAAGUUCAGAAGCAAAUCAAAAACGCCAGCAAAUGAGCAAAAGAAACCUGCUGAGGUAUUUCGAAAAGACCUCAUUAGUGCCAUGAAACUUCCAGAUUCUCAUCAUAUUAAUCCAGAUGAAUAUUACCUCUUUGCGGACACAUGGAAACAAGAAUGGGAAAAAGGUGUGCAAGUCCCAGCCAGUCCAGACACUAUUCCGCAACCUUCUGUCAGAGUUGUAGCAGAAAAAGUAAAGCAAGUACUAUAUACAAGGCCUAGAAAGUAUAUCCGUUGUUCAAGUCAAGAGCCCACGGAACCUGGCUACAUCAACAUUCUAGAACUGGCAGAAUCAAUGUGUCGUUAUGACUUGGAUGAUAUGGACAUCUUCUGGCUUCAAGAAGUAAACGAGGAGCUUGCUGAGAUGGGAUGUGGGCAGCUUGAUGAGAACACAAUGGAGAAGAUGGUAGAAGUCCUGGAACGUCACUGUCAUGAGAAUAUGAACCAUGCCAUUGAGACAGAGGAAGGGCUGGGUAUAGAAUAUGAUGAAGAUGUAAUCUGUGAUGUGUGUCGGUCCCCUGACAGUGAAGACGGGAAUGAUAUGGUGUUUUGUGACAAAUGCAACAUCUGCGUGCAUCAGGCAUGCUAUGGUAUCCUAAAGGUUCCUGAAGGAAGCUGGCUGUGUCGUACUUGUGUUCUAGGUAUACACCCUCAGUGUCUCUUGUGUCCAAAGAGAGGUGGGGCUAUGAAAGCUACAAGAACAGGCACCAAGUGGGCACAUGUGAGCUGUGCUCUUUGGAUUCCAGAGGUAAGCAUCGCUUGUCCUGAAAGAAUGGAACCAAUUACAAAAGUAUCCCACAUUCCACCCAGUAGAUGGGCUUUAGUUUGCAGCUUAUGCAAAUUGAAAACUGGUGCUUGUAUUCAGUGCUCUGUGAAGAGUUGCAUCACUGCCUUUCAUGUCACAUGUGCCUUUGAGCAUAGCCUAGAGAUGAAAACAAUCCUGGAUGAUGGCGAUGAAGUCAAGUUCAAGUCGUACUGUCUAAAACAUAGCAAAACCAAGCAGAACUUGAUGCCUGAUACAGAUGGCAAUCCCAAGAGCACAGCAGACCAGAAGCAGACUGAAAGUGAGAAAACCAGCUUGCGUGCUCAGAAGCUUCGGGAACUGGAGGAGGAGUUCUACUCGUUAGUGAGAAUUGAUGACGUUGCAGCAGAACUGGGCCUCCCUAAGCUCACUGUGGACUUGAUCUAUAAUUACUGGAAAUUAAAACGGAAAAGUAACUUUAAUAAACCAUUAUUUCCUCCCAGGGAGGAUGAAGAAAAUGGCUUGGUUCAGCCAAAAGAAGAUAGCAUUCAUACUCGAAUGAGGAUGUUCAUGCACUUAAGGCAGGAUCUAGAGAGGGUAAGAAAUCUUUGCUACAUGGUAAGCAGAAGAGAGAAGCUAAAACUUUCUCACAGCAAAGCACAUGAGCAGGUCUUCAAUUUGCAAGUCCAGCUUAUUAAUCAGGAAGUUGCUGCAGGCCAUUCUCUGACAAGUGCACUAGAGAACACACUGUUUUAUCCACCUCCUAGAAUCACCUUGAAGCUUAAAAUGCCAAAAUCAACACUGGGGGAUUGCAAAAAUAAUCUGAAAUCUGGUAAGCCCCUUUCUCCUGACAACAAUGUCAUGGUUUAUAGCAAAAAGGGUAUUCCAGUAUCCAAGGAGACGUUUGUUUCAAAUAUGAAGUCCUAUUCAAGAUUUCAGCACGAAAACAGAAGCAAUGGCUUACUGGGUGGCAUCGUCAAGUCUAGGAAUGAAGCAAAGGAUUCUGGACCUGCACACACAUCAGACUUCUAUCGCGGACAGUCAUCUGGCAAACCCUUAGCACUUCAAGCUGCAUUGCAUGGACAGUCCUCCAUUGGGAAUGGGAAAAUUCAACAGCAUUCUAAACUAGCAAAGUGUAAUGGCUUAAUGAGCAGAGUUGGGGAUGUCACCCAGCGAGACAGCUCUAGCCAAACAACAUACGAGCAACAGUCUGUGCUCUCUACUCACUUGGCUAGCCAGAGCAGCUUCAGAAAAUCCACAAUAGAACACUUUAGCAGGUCCUUUAAAGAAGCAACGAACAGUUUGGUGAGGACCACAGAAGAUAUGAGAUGCUGUGAAAAGCCCUCAAGAAGGCUAUCAAUGAGAGAGCGUUCAUGGGGCAAGCAGACCCUUGAAUAUCAAAUGGGGAGUGCUCCUUACCAGGACAAUGAUGGGUAUUGUCCUGAUUUGGAACUCAGUGACUCUGAAGCUGAGAGUGAUGAAAAUAAAGGACAGAUCAGACUGAGGAAAAGCAGCUCGGAGAGAGAGAUCCCAAGUAAAGACUUCAGUCGAGAUUGCCACAAUAGAAGCAAAAGAAAUUUGAUUUCUCACAGUUCAGUACAAAGGUGAUUAGAAACCCCAUGAUAAUGGCAAUAGCUCAACCUUUGUCUAAGAGUACUAAUGCAAACCUUGGAAAAUCUGCAGGUUAAAGAACACUGUGCCGGGCCUAUAAGCAAAUGACAAACUUGUUUUUCCAAACAGUGAAUUGGUUUGCCCUUUUGAGAAGAUUGUUAAUUGUUUUUUCCCCUAUAAGUAAAGGUUACAUUAAGUAACGCUUCCAGAAAUAGUUUUAUAUAUCCACUUCCCUCUACGGAAUGUAAUGUGAUGGGCUUUGUACUAAUGGGCAGGUAUUCAAAAAGCCCUUCCAUCAUUCUGUGACAAUCUGCAAGAUGGAUCAGACAAUUCUUGUUGCAACUUCAGUAUAGUCUGUCUCCAUGAGAACACUUAAGCAAUCUCUUACCUUUUGAGUAAUUUAAAACUGGCAAAUCUGUAUGUUUGAAAUUGUGAUGUUUGCUUAAGUGGUUUUUCUUUUCUUUUUUUGUCUGGCUCGGGACAUAUGUGACUACUAGACAGAAAUCAUGUUCUCAACCAAUUUUUGAACAAGUGGUGUGAUCCUAAACACUUGAAAUAAGAUCCAUUCUAACUUCAUGGGACUCGCUUUCAAGUAAAUAUGCAGAGGAUCAGUAUGCAUAUAAUAGUUUCUUCUACCCUAGAUUUAUAAACUCCACAGUCAGUGCUGCCAAACACACAGACCUCUAGUUUCCCCCCCCCCCCGACUUGUAGUGUGCUCCAGCUAAAAGUUGUUUCCCUUUGCUGUAACAGCUUGCUUUAUUGUGCAAAUACUCUCCUAGUAUUUUUAAAUUGUUUUUUAAUCCUUGCAUACAUAGUAGCUUGUUGUGGAUUGCACUUGUAAAAUAUUUUGUCCAGCCAGCCAGUACAAAUGGCUGAUAUGUGAAUAGUGUUUAAUACUAGAAAUACAUAAUCUCUAAACUAUUCAGGCAAUCACCGGUGAUGCCAGAUUCUCCUUUAUCAACUCAGAAGGCUUUUGAAAAAUUUAGUCCCACAGCACUGUAUCUAUUCCCCUCCCCACACACACUUUUUUUAAAGCUAGCAAAAGGUUUUUCUGAUUUCUGAGCCAAAACAUUAAAAAUCAGUAACUACAUUUUUUUUUCAGGGGUGUGUGUGUGUUUCCAAGUUUAAAUAGUCAGACAUAGUAAAUUGAAAUAUUUUUGAUUGCCAAACAGCUUGGGAACUACUUAGGCUACUUUAUUGUCUAAUUAGAUUUUUUACAAGAUGCUUCCUAAUAUGUGUUUAAAACACAAUAGUCUCAAAGAAAUUAUUCUUUGUUCCUUCACACCUUUGAUUUUUAGUUAGAAAUAGACUUCAGCAUCCAAAAAUGGUUUGUUUAAUGGAAUCAUUAGUUUGCUUUCAUUAAUGAAGUUCUAUGACAUAAAGCAAAAGUAACUGGGGUUAAUUUUAAAUCCAAUAAUUAAUAUGUAGCAAAAAAAUAAGUCACAUUUUUCUUGAAAGCCUUAAAUCUGUUACAUUUAGUUGUGAACAAGGAAUUUAAGAUGCGAGAUUCCUCAAGGAAAUAAAAGAAAUUUGACAAUUGUACAUUAUUUGCUUUAGGCAUUCUUAAAGUUUGGUUUCUUUACUCAUUUUUAUUGUAUGUUUGUGUAACUUUGUCUUUUUCAAAGAGAUUUUAUUUUUAAGGCAUUUCCUUUUGUGUAAAUAUACAGUAGCUUUUUUUAAAAAAUGUUUUGUUGAAAAAUGGUUGGCCUUUUAUGUUGUCAGCCAUUCAGAAUGGUGCUUAUAAUGUUCACUUCUCUAUACAUUGAUUCUAGUUCUUUUUUAUAUAUUUAUUGUUAGCUUUUUUUUCCUGGUCAUGAAGUAAAUAGAGUUGAAAAUGGGAGCAAUUACUUCAGUGGCUAGAAGGAAAAAAAAAUCAUGUUUCAUGCCCAGUGGCAUGAGAACAAUAUAAAGGGUGGGAAAUGGUGCUUCAGUAAGAUCCCAGAGUUUUGCUAAUUUAAGGGUGAUGACUAAAAUAUAUAAGUUCAGGCAAUAGUGUUUUUUUAAUUUUUACAUUAUUUUAAUAGAUACCUGAAGGAGCUGUUGGCUAUAUAGCUUUCAAGUAUCUGUCUCCAAAGUAUAUUUGUUAGUUUUUACAAUGUGUUCAGUGGCUAACUUUGAAGUAUUACCUCUUAACCUAAUUUGUUGUUUUGCUUUAUAUUAAAAUAUA